GUUUUUGCCUCAGGUCCCAUCACCAUGGAAGUUCCCCCCAAGAGCCCUGAUGGAAGUGAGAAGUCUCCCCAGUCCAAGGAGUUGAUGACCAGUAACACUGAGAGCACCCUGUGCAUGAGCUCCCGGAGUGAGUCCGUGUGGACCAGCGCCUCCAGGAGCAAGUGGGACAUAUACCACAAGCCUGUGAUUGUGGUGUCUGUGGGAGCAGCAGUCUUCCUCUUCGGGGUGGUCAUCACCAGCCUCUCCUGCGUCUUCCCCAACAACAAAAAGGUUUACAAGAUGUGUGGCCCAGCUUUCCUGUCCCUGGGACUGAUGCUCCUGGUUUGUGGCCUUGUGUGGAUCCCCAUCAUCAGGAAGAAGCAGAAGCAGAGACAGAAGUCACAGUUUCUACAGAGCCUCAAGUCCUUCUUCUUUAACCGCUGA